UAUGCCCGUGCUAUAUCUGCAUAAUAUCUCUGGUAUCUCCAUAGUGUAAAAAUGUGUAAAGUUGGUUGAACGCCCGCAAGCGAAGCCCACGCUCAGUAAUGUGUGACCCGCACAACUAUCCCGCGAUCCGGUGAUGUACAUUUAAUCGCUUGUAUGCAGCGCGCCUUGUUACUGUGUAAUAUUACUUAGCGUUUUAGGGUGGAGAGUGUUCUAGUGUGUUUGUUUGUUUGUUUGUUUGUUUUUUUGAUUGUGUUUUUAAUUGUUAUAGUUACACCCCUACCCCUUCCCAUUCGCUACCGGUCGGCGAAGCAAUGUGCAGCCCAGUAGUAGUAUGCCUAGUCUAGCGUCGCGCGCGGCCGCACAGUACGUUGUUGAGAGGCUGCAGUCGAACGUCCGCCGCGUAUUGCGAUGCACAAGGUCAGCACCCUACCGACCGGAACAAGAAUGAACCAGCAUCAAAGUGACCUAGUGACCUCAGUGACCGUAUCGAAAGGAAGUGGUGCCGCCGGGGCACAGAUCGGGCCGAAAUCUGCGCACGCUGCCAAUGCACCGAACGGUGCGUCCACGCUCAACAACAACAAUCUGAGCAGCAAAAACAAAAACCCUUCCGCCCAGCCGAACUCGCCGGACAGUGUCAUACAUAUGACCAACGUGAGCGUGCCGCCGAAGCUGCUCGUGCCGAACGGGAAGAGUCAGGCCCCGGCCGUACCGUCGGCACCGGACGCGCGGGCCAAGCAGGUGCUGAAGGAGGCGGUCGAUGCGGUUGUAAAUAGUUUUGCCAAACACACGCAAGGAUACGGGCGAGUGAACGUCGUCGAAGCACUGCAAGAGUUCUGGCAAAUGAAGGCAGCGCGCGGAGCGGACCUGAAGAAUGGCGCACUAGUGAUAUACGAAUCGAUUCCGUCCACCAGCCAACCGUACGUGUGCUACGUGACCCUGCCCGGUGGAAGCUGUUUUGGGAGUUUUCAGAACUGCCCCACGAAAGCAGAAGCACGGCGAAGCUCCGCGAAGAUAGCUUUAAUGAAUUCCGUAUUCAACGAACACCCGUCCCGGCGCAUCAGCGAUGAUUUCAUCGAGAAGGCGGUCACCGAGGCGCGUGCCUCGUUCAAGGGCGAUCAGAACCAGGAGGACGACGGGCCCGACACCGGCAUCGGAGCGUUCAGAUUCAUGCUGGAAACCAACAAAGGCCGCACCAUGCUCGAGUUCCAGGAGCUGAUGACCGUGUUCCAGCUGCUGCACUGGAACGGUUCGCUGAAGGCGAUGCGCGAACGGCAGUGCUCGCGGCAGGAGGUGGUCGCCCACUACUCGAACCGAUCGCUGGACGACGAGAUGCGCCAGCAGAUGGCGCUCGACUGGAUCGAGCGGGAGCACGAAAACCCCGGCCUGCUCAGCCGGGAGCUGGCUAUAGCCGAGAGAGAACUAGAGACUGCCCGUCUGGCGGGCCGGGAGCUGCGGUUCCCCAAGGAGAAGAAGGACAUCCUGCAGAUGGCGCACAACCAGCUGACCGGGGGCAGCAACAUCAACAGCUGAACCAGUCGCCUGCUGCCAUUUUUGUUUCUUCUCCCCCCUCCGAUCCCGCUUUCACCCCACUUCAACAUCCCGCGGUGGCCGCGGACGCAUCUAACGCAAGCAAGCUAAUUUUAACUUACAUAUUAUUAUUAUUUUUUUGUUAGGCAUUUGUUUUUUUUUUAAUAUGAAUUCAAUUAACGGCAACACAUUGCACACACAUACAUGGCCGGUGAUGACGCCGACGGUAGUUGACAGGCACGGCGUUACGGAAAUGGAAAAGCAUGUAGUAGAUCUCUGCUACCUGAACGAUUUUGUUUUAGCUGCUUUCGAUUACACUUUUAUAGCAAACGCUGUGCUAAGCACGACUCCACUAUCAUCAUCACAUCGAUCAUCAGAUUGUUAGGCGUGAAAUAUCGAUCGAUGUCGUAUUGGCAAGUAACAAAAGAAAAACAAACAGAGGAAAAAAACGUAUUGCUAGAUGCAACGGUUCACCUACAAUGCUUGACUACAUUCAAGAGCUAUCUUGCGCGAGAAACGCAACGUUUACAUUACUACCCAAGUAAACUUAGUUUCUUCCCUCCUUCUUUUCGGGAUCUAGAGAUUAAUUCUUCGAACAGGAAUCACUUUCUCCCACGAUCGUUUAUUAGCAAUCCGCGAAGCUUUCAAAUACGGUCACGUGCAAGCUAUUCAAACUGACGAACAUUUUAACGAACGACUGCAUCAUUCUCUUACCACUUGUACAUAAAAAGCGAGGUAGAAAGAGAGAAAGAGAGAGAGAGAGAGAUAGAGAGAGAGGGAGAGAGAGAGAAAGUGAGAGAAGAAGAGCACUAUCAUAUAAAGUCAGUACGAACAACGAAAGCGCGGAUCGAAAAAUGCGUUCUCUGUGGUCUGUGGUAAAGGUAACGAACGUGCGCAAGAGCAAGAACAAAACAUCGAACGUUUAAACGUUAUUUUUUAACUUUACGUUUAAACAUUUUUAACCCACUCUUAACGACUCCCCCGCCCCCCAAGGACUGUUGAAAAUGCUACAGUUUUUGAGUAAAAUGGUUUAAUUUUAUUGUUCUUUUCACCUUUCGCAUGCUCACCACCACUCUCCCUCCACCCUUUCAAGCAUUGUGUUGAUUGCGUUUAAUUCAGAUGCCUGUUGACAGAGUAAUAAAACAGCAACGAAAAAUGUGAUUUUUAAUUUCGACAAGAUUAGGUAAUGUGCAAAAGCAAAACAAGAAAAAAAGCAAAAUUUAUUAUUAUUUUUUCGUCGUGAACGCUAUUUAUUUAAAAAGAAUGAUAGAGAGAGA